AUGGCACAAGCCGCGAUGGAUCUCGAGGAGCGCGUCUCGUACAUCCACUCCAAGAACGAUGACAAUGACAAGGACGAGUAUACGGACGCCAAGACGCCCGGUGAGCUCGAAGACGGCGCGUUGGUUGAAGGCGGUGCGCUCUCUCUCUUUUCGCGCGAGGCGUUUGGUCUCUUUUCGCAGUACGGUGCGAUCGGUGUCAUUUACGGCAUGAUCCCGAGCUUGGUGUACCCGCUCUACACGGUGUACCUCGGCAUGGAAGGCUACCAGACCGCGUCCUACGGCGUCCUCGUCACGACGGGCUGGUCGUUCAAGGUCUUUUUCGGUAUGCUCUCGGACUGCGUGCCCAUCUUUGGCUACCGCCGCAAGUCGUGGAUGCUCAUCGGCUGGACCAUCACGAUGAUCUGUCUCGCAGUCAUGACGUUCACGCCGUUCGGCAAGCCGUUCUGCGACCGCCGCUUGACGCCCAACCCCAAGACGUGCGACACGGCCAAGGCCAAGCUUCUCGCGGGCGACCUCGACAAGUACUUUGACUUGGACGCGCCCAACCGGGGCACGCUCUUCAUCAUGAUGAGCAUGCUCGUCUCGUUUGGCUACGUCAUUGCGGCCUGCGCCUCCGAUGCGAUGGUCGUCCAGUACGCGCAGCGUGAGCCCGUGGCCAUUCGCGGCCGCAUCCAGACAGCCAUCUACGUCGUGCGCACGCUCACCGGCAUUCUCGCGCAGCUCAUCAUCGCGUUUUGUCUCAACGGCAAGGUCUACAAGGGCUCGUUUGACUUUGCGAUCGGCGCCAACGUCAUCUUUGGCAUCUGUCUUAUCCCGUGCGUCUUUGUGGUCUUUACCACCAUCUUUGUGGUCGUCGAGAAGAAGACGCCGCGCGUGCCGUUCACCGAGUGGGCCAGCAUGUUCUGGGGCCUCCUCCAGAAGCGCGUCUUGUGGCAGAUUUGCGCGUUCCGCUUUGUCAACAACGUGUUUCAAACGAUGAACGCGACGCCGGGACAGCCGGUCGCCGCGCUCUGGGCCCAGGUCGAGCCGCUCAACGACUCGCUCUCGGCCGUCAUUGGCAACCUCGUCUUCUCGGCGAUCCUUGUCAUUGUCGGCAAGUGGGGUCUCAACUGGAACUGGCGCUGGGCCAUCGCGCUCUCGUCGCUCGGUGUCAUUGCCAUUGACAGCUUUGUCAUGUUUAUGACCAUCUUUGACGGCUAUCGCAACCAGUGGUUCUACACGGGUGUCAUUCUCGCCGACAACGUGCCGGGUGGUGUCCGCUUCAUCGUCGCCACGUACUGCGCCGUCGAGAUUGCCGAUGUCGGUAACGAGGGCGCCACGUACGGUCUCGUCACGACGAUCUCCAACCUCGCGUCGCCGUUCGCGUCUGUUAUCUACAAGUACAUCAACUCGUUCUUCCUCGUCUCGGUCGACAACAUCAAGACGGACACGCCCGAGAUCCGGUGGGAGGUCGCGUACUGCUACAUCAUCUCGUACAGCUGCAAGGUCGCGGCGCUUUUCUGGCUCUGGAUGCUGCCACCGCAAAAGGCGGCCAUGCAAGAGCUCAAGAAGCGCGGCGGCAAGAGCAAGCUUGCGGGCGCCAUCUUGAUCUUCAUGUUCUUUGGCGCGCUCUCGUUCUCGAUGACGAGCAACAUCAUGGCCAUCUUCCCGUCGACCAAGUGCUACCGCAUCGCUGGCGGCAAGGGCACGGUCAACGGCACGUGCCCGGUCUAA